AUGAGCAUGGACGUCAUCGCCAACGGCCUCGGAGCCGACAACUCAUCCACUCCGCCACUGUCGCGCUCAGGUAAACCAGAGUCUGGCGAUAAACCGCCCUCUGUCAUCGGCCAGCGCGUGGAAUUACCUCCUGCGCAUGAAUCAAACGACUCGACCGAUUCAUACAACUCGACAUCAGCGAGUUCUUCUACUGAUGAACUAGAGACUGAUGGAAAAGAUGACGACUGUGAUAGAAUGGUAGAAAAAUGGCGUUUGAUCAGACUUGCUGAUAAAAACAGAGUUCAAAAAAAGAAGAUCUACCCCACUCACGAGGUGUAUGUUGCACCAUUUGGGCAAAACUAUUCCAAGUUCUACGAGGCCUUCCGACAGGGUGUCAGCACACCUCAGGCGCCUAGGCGUCCUGCCCCAACCAUACCGGCAAAACGUCCAGCUGCAGUGUCUAAGCAGACAGCUAAGAGGAGAAGACAGAACGACCGUACUUCUCUUCCGCGUUCAGAUCAGCACCAGGCUCGUACGAUUUCAGCUCAACGAUCAGCUGCGAUCACCACGAAGGCGUCAUUUGGCGCGAAGUCAAACGAAGUUGCUCCAACUUCGAAUAUAGCUAGAGAAUCACCGAUGACCCCGAGGCCAAGAUCUGACUCAGAAGCUAAAGAGCAGCCGUCCAGGCGAAAAGGCGUGGGUAUUUACGCUGGGAAUUGGGAGUAUGUCACCGACGAGGAAAAGGUACCGGAGUAUUUGAGUUUAGCCGAGAAAACCGCGGACUUCGAAGGGCGAACUACUCGUCGCGCAUACGCCAAGAUGACGUCGGAAGAGGGUGCAGGAGACUCUGGUCAUACCGUCGGACCCCCUUCAGGAAACAAUGUUCGGAAGUCAGGCCGAGCACGCAACGCCGUAGACUAUACUAGACUGCCCGGGCCUAAAGAAAACACCCGUGAGAUUACCACACCGGAGCAGAUCGAGGCAGGUGACAUAGUAUUCGCACGAGAAACAGAGCAGAUAUCAACUUCAACGUCCGCUUCGUCGACUUCGAACAGAUCGACCUUGAUGCCUGAUCAUCCUAGUAGGUCAACAUCUACAUCCACUGCGAUGAUUUUAGAGCAGCUUGAGAGGCCAAAGUUGUCAUGGAACGCUAUUGUGUAUGAGGUCCUCGCAACUUCCGAGACUCCAUUGACGUUCCCUCAGCUCGUGCAAGGCAUCAAAGAUCGGUUCCCGUUCUUCAACGCUUCAUCACAGGAUAAGGUAUUGAAGUCUGGUCUGAAAAACCCUCUCUACUUCCAUGAGGCUUUCUGCAAAGGUGAAAUCAUUAAUGGAAAGCAAACAUGGGCGCUGAAGCCUGGAGAAUUUGUGGAUAAGAAGACCGGCGAGGUGCUGACUCCCCGACCGCUCCACACAAUUGCUGAUCCUCUGCUCACUGCGCAAGCGCACGAGAUGGAAGAUCAAAGCCCUCGGGACUUGACCUCCAAAACGUCACAAUCCUACCAUCCUCGGUCUAAAAAUCCUCGGUUUGGGCGGGAGAUUCUGAACUCGCCUGAGAUACCCGAUUCGCAGGACGCGAAGGCGACCACACCAAGUCCCCAGGAAGCAGAUAGUCGCAUUGUCACGGAGCACGCAUGGAAUUUACAACAUCCUCAUCAGCAGACCCCACCUAACGUCAGAUACCGCGCUCACGAGCUCGCCGAUUCAUCAGAUGGCUCUUCGACAACGACUUCAUUUGGAACUAGUCCGUCUGGCCAAGCACCGCAGCUGGCUUCCCAGUGGACAAACAUGACCGGCAGCCCCAUGAAUGUUACCUCAACCAGUAGAUCCCCCAUAACAGCCGGUGCGAAGACCCAGAAUGUCCAGGACCUCACAGGCGCAAUUGUCAAUGAGCCAUCAGCAACAGCGGACCGAUCUCCUGGCGCCCUUCAAGCUGCACAACUACGCACAUCUUCUAUUCCAUCACGCACUGGAGAAGGUGGACGUGGCAGCAGUUCCAAUACAACUCAAGCUACGUCUACGCUUGUUCCACUACUGCAUGCAGGACUACCUACAUCUGUACCCACUUUACUUGAAGAAUGUGCCGCUACGUCUCAGACUCCUACAGUCUCUCCAGCAGCACCCACGCCUUCCGUGAUCCCUUUGAGUUGCAUGCAGCUUGACGCUGACCGAUUGGCCCUGCGUUAA